AUGGGUUUUGCCACAAGAGGAUGGUUCUAUCUACCACUGGGCUGCAUGAUGCUGAUCAAUGUGAUUAAUGCUGAUUUUGAAUUUCAAAAGGGGGUGCUUGCCAGCAUCAGUCCAGGCAUCACAGAAGACAUCGAUUUCCAGUGCUGGAAUGCUUGCUCUUUGACGUUGAUAGAUCUAAAAGAACUCAAGAUACAACAUAAUGUGGAUGCUUUCUGGAAUUUCAUGUUGUUCUUGCAAAAAUCCCAGCGGCCUAGACAUUAUAAUGUCUUCUUAAGCAUAGCUCAGGAUUUCUGGGACAUGUAUAUAGACUGCUUGCUCUCACGAUCUCAUGGAAUGGGCAGAAGACAGGUGAUGCCUCCCAAGUAUAAUUUUCCACAGAAGAUAACAGGAGGUAAUUUAAAUGUAUACUUAAGAUCCCAUCCAGGACUCCAUAAUGUAUUGAGGUAUCACAUCUCCUUAGGCUCUAAGAAGGUGUUUUCAGUGACCUUGACAGUUUUGAGUGCUGGUAAGGAGAAUAGGCAGCUGGGCCAGGAUGAGAAGCUGCUGGCCAAUGGUACUCUGUCAACUCAGUUUAAUUAG